AUGGAUGAAAUUGGGAUUGAGAUACAGAAACAUGAACCGACUUUCGAGUCUGUCGUAACGGAGAAGACUGCUUUGUUUCAGGAGUUACAGGAGGAGGAUUUGUACACCAAGUACAAAAAGUUAUCGCGUCAUCUAGAACUCUUAGAAAUCCAAGAAGGGUACAUCAAAGAUGAACAGGCCAACCUCAAGCGUGAACUCAUUCGUGCGCAGGAAGAAGUGAAACGAAUUCAAUCUGUUCCUCUGGUUAUCGGUCAAUUCCUUGAAGCAAUCGACCAGCACACUGGUAUUGUUGGCUCUACAACUGGAUCAAACUAUGUUGUCCGAAUUCUCUCUACCCUCGACCGCGAACUACUCAAACCAUCCUCCUCCGUCGCUCUUCACCGUCAUUCAAACGCCCUUGUAGAUAUCCUACCACCAGAGGCCGACUCUUCGAUCUCAAUGCUAGGUGCAUCAGAGAAGCCUGAUGUGACAUAUCAGGACGUGGGUGGAAUGGACACUCAGAAACAGGAAAUCAGAGAGGCAGUUGAAUUGCCUUUAACGCAUUUUGAUUUAUACAAGAAAAUCGGUAUCGACCCUCCUCGUGGUGUUCUACUAUACGGGCCUCCUGGCACUGGAAAAACUAUGCUAGUUAAAGCCGUCGCCCACCAUACGACCGCAUCCUUCAUCCGGGUCGUCGGUAGUGAAUUUGUCCAGAAAUACCUAGGUGAAGGGCCUCGUAUGGUCCGAGACGUCUUCCGUCUUGCGCGAGAAAAUUCCCCUGCGAUCAUUUUCAUCGACGAGAUUGAUGCCAUUGCUACAAAACGUUUCGACGCUCAGACGGGUGCGGAUCGUGAAGUACAGCGAAUUCUUAUCGAAUUGCUUACUCAGAUGGAUGGUUUCGACCAGGGCAGCACUGUGAAGGUUAUCAUGGCCACAAACCGCGCAGACACGCUUGAUCCUGCCCUCAUGCGCCCGGGUCGCUUAGACAGAAAAAUAGAAUUUCCUCUUCCAUCUAGACGAGAGAAGCGACUUAUUUUCCAAACUACAACAACCAAAAUGAACUUGGGUCCUGAUGUAGAUUUGGAAGACUAUGUUUCGCGACCUGAUAGAUUGUCUUCCGCAGAUAUUGCUUCCAUCGUACAAGCUGCUGGUCUGCAAGCUGUUCGCAAGAAUCGUUACGUGAUUUUGCCGGUCGAUUUUGAAGAAGCGUGGAAACAAACGGUCAAGAAAUCAAACGAGACCCACGAGUUUUGUACGCUGAUUGCUCUUUUCCUUGUUAUCAACGACUCAGCUUGUUCUCUUUCUAGACCGGUAAUUCUUCUGGAUUUCCUCUAUCAUCGUUGUAUAUGGUGA